UGAUUGUUACAUUCUCUGUAUAGUUUAUGUAUUCUUAUUUUAUUAAUUUUUCAUUUUUGAUUUGUUUCUGAUUGAUAUUAAAAUAAUUUGAGACAGAAUGUUUAAAAUAAACAUUUACAAUUAUAUUAAAAUCUUCCACGUUAGUAAAUAAGAGCAGUAUGUUUAGGAUUAAUAGGAAUAGCAAUCGAUAAAAAAUUAUUCAUAGUAAAAGCGAUGAUUAAUAAGAAUUGCAAAAUACUUGUAAAUUUUCAAUAUCUUUCAAAUAAUCACUUAUGCAAUAAUUGUAUAUGAUCAGUUUUAUAUAAACUUAUUGAAUUACAAAUCUUUAUUGCUCAUUUUUUUUUUCUUUAUUUUUUAAAUAAAAUAUCGAAUUAAUAUUUUAAAAUUACAAGAGAAUUCGAACUUCUGUCGAUUAUGUAAAAAAGAACACUAAUAAUAAUAUCAUGGUUAAAAUAGAAGCUGAUUUGUAUCUAUUUAUAUAUAUAAGGAAUUAAAAUAUUUUCUUAUAAUUAUAAAAAUCGUAAAUUAAAAUAAGAAAAAAACUUAAUUGACAGAAAUUUUAAUCUCUAUCGAAAUAAUAUAUUUAUUUUCGCAGUUUUAUUUUUUUAAAAAGCAUGCAUUUGACUUUGAUACUGAUCGAUUGAUAGAUGUAAAAAUCGACGAAUUAUGAAUUAUAUAAUAUAUUUAAUUAUAAUAGUAAGUAAUAAAAUUAUUUGACAAAUUAAUAAAAGUUUAUUUUAUCAUGGACUUUAUAUUUUUAAAUAAAAGAAUCUUUAUUAAUUCGUAGUUCUUUAAGGUAUUUUGCAAAUUAUUUAUUUAUAACUUUUACUAUUAUUUAUAUAAUUGUAUUAUUAAUCUAAUUUAGUUAGAAGUUGCAAUAGAAUGAUUUGAAUAGUAAGAAAAGGUGAGAGAAAUGAAUAUACAGCCCAAAACGUAAGCUAGUUCGAUUAUGUAUACUGCCUAUCGUUACGGUGACUUCUUUUUAAAGUGUGUUUGAACGUGUUUAGAUCUGACGAAAUUAAUUUUAGGAGAUGGAUUAUCCAAAUCACGAAGUAUGUCCGAUCAACCGGCGUCGUGUCCACUUUGCGGAGCAAUUUUACGCCAAUCGCGAAAUUUAAGGAGGCAUUUAGAGCUCCUACAUUUUGGACUCGGUAGCAAUAAUAAAUCCGGUGUCCAUAUGAGGCAUCGAAGAAUUGAUAGAAAUAACGAUCUUGUUCGAUCGACGCUCGCAUCGAUUUGUCCACCACAUAUGACAAGGACGGAUUACUCAAGAGCUGUGGAAAGCACAGAUUUGUCGACGUUAACGUCUUUAUCCAUUGCUUCGACAGUCAAUUCCAACGCGUCAAAUGUCAGCUUUGCAGGAAGUUUAAUGGGAUCAAGUGUAUUGGGAAAUGGUGAUCAAAGCGCGAACUCUACCCUAGUCUCUGCAUCGGGCUCGAGUACAACUUCUAUCGCCUCUGCCAAUAAUGGAAUUUACUCGUCAGAUGGUAGUGCCAGUAUGCUAAAUUGCUUAUUACCAUCGCUACCAUCUUUGCCUUCUCUCUCUUCUCCGCACGAUAUGUUUCGCCACGGUGAAAUGUUGAGAGUUGGUAUCGCGUACCAUGAUUCCUCCAGGCAACAUCCCAAGCAGUCACAACGUACCGAUAUCACUUAACUUUUCUAAUUAUUUCGCCUUAUAAACAAUUAUAUUUCAAUUGUAAUCGUUGUAAAAACGAAUAUGUCAAAUUCUAUUAUAAAUUCUGUAGAGAUAUUUUUUAUAUCGAAUUGUGUUUUGUAAAAUGUUUUUUAAUUAGAAAUUCUCAAGUUAUUAUUAUAAUUUACUGCGAUGUACAAAGAAUUGAAGUUGUACAAUACGAGAAAUGCGUGGAUAUAUCUUUAAGAAUUUAGUGUAUAAUAUUGUUCAUUUAAUAAAUAAAGAACGUACAAUUAAAUUAA